ACGUUGUUCACAAUUCACAAAGUCGCUAGCUCGCGCCGCGGUCGCCUGCGUCGACUCGCUCUUGAAAUCGGAAUCCCGCAACGGUAAAAGUUGUGAAUUAAAAAAGUUUUCGUAACAAUCAAUUUUGCGUAAUAUUUGUGGGAAAUAUUUCUUUACAUCGUCACGGAUUAAUGCUGAUUUCCUUUAGCAAAUGGUGGCAAGAAAAUAGAGCUGUAAAAGAAAAUGGACUUUAAAAACUUAUAAAAUAACGUUCAAUUUAAAACACGCAAUCAAGAAAAGUAGUGCAAAAUGUCGAAUGUCGAGAUGGUAGUCGACAACAAUAUGAAUAAGACUGACUUCGGGAACCACAAGUUUGAGUUGAAGAACGGUGACGCUGACUUAGAAAAAGGAAGAAGUAGAUCUGUGAAGACUUCUUCGAAUAUACCUUGGAGUAAAAUUGCCAUCGCGAUGUUCGCGUUGGGCGUCCUGGCUGGCGCGUGCGCCGUCACCUGGGUGUUCCAGGAUUGGCAGACCAGUUUACAAGUGUUCGCUAUAUUAGCUGUAGUGUACUGCAUAGCGUUCUAUUGGAGAUGGAUAUACGUAGCCAUCAGAACAGCGCCCAGAGAUUUCUCAGCUCUGUAUUGCUACUUCAAAAUUUUGAGGCUGACGAAGAAUUUCACAAAUAAGAAUUGGUCGAUGCCGGACAUCUUCCAUCAAUUGGUGAUCAAACAUCCGAACAAGGCUUGCUUCUUGUUCGAAGAUGAGACCUGGACAUUCCAGCAGGUGGAAGAAUUCAGCUUAAGAACAUCAGCGGUCUUAAAAGCUAAAGGGGUGAAGCGUGGAGACACGGUCGCCGUGAUGAUAGGCAACUGUCCUGAGAUGCCGUCCAUCUGGCUGGGAGCCACGAGGAUAGGAGCAGUCUGCCCCCUCAUCAACACCAACCAGACAGGCAACACGUUACUGCACUCCAUCAACAUCGCCAAGUGUGAUGUGGUCAUCUACAGCGACGAGUUCCAAACAGCAUUCCAGGACAUAUCAAAAGAGAUGAACCCUUCAAUCAAGCUGUUCAAGUUCACCCGUCGCCCCCUCAACACGUCUCCCGAUGCUGUGAGGGUGGCGGAAUCUGAAAACGACUUCACUGCAAUGCUGGAAUGUACGAACCCAGCUCCUUGGACACAGUCAGAUAGUGAAGGCUUCAAUGGGAAACUGCUCUACAUCUACACUUCUGGAACCACUGGAUUACCGAAAGCAGCCGUUAUUUCCUCCUCACGUAUGGUGUUCAUGGCAUCGGGCGUCCACUAUCUUGGCAGCUUGCGAACAAGUGACGUCAUCUACUGUCCCAUGCCUCUGUACCACUCCGCCGGCGGCUGCAUCACGAUGGGCCAAUCCUUCAUAUUCGGCUGCACCGUCGUCAUCAGGACCAAAUUCUCGGCUUCGAACUACUUCCCCGACUGCAUCAAAUACAAUGCCACGGCUGCCCACUACAUUGGAGAGAUGUGUCGCUACGUGUUGGCGACUCCGCCCGCAGCCACAGACACGCAACACAAAGUACGAACAGUCUACGGAAAUGGAAUGAGGCCAGCGAUUUGGACCGAAUUUGUUAAACGUUUCAAUAUCAAGAAGGUUGUUGAAUUCUACGGUGCUACUGAAGGAAAUGCGAAUAUAGUUAAUAUUGAUAACAAAACUGGAGCCAUCGGUUUCGUGUCCAGAAUUAUACCAGCGGUGUAUCCCAUCGCCAUUCUCAAAGUAGACCCUGAAACCGGAGAGCCAGUUAGGAACAAGAAAGGAUUAUGUCAGUUGGCAGCACCCAACGAGCCGGGUGUAUUCAUAGGAAAAAUCAAACCGAAUAACCCAUCAAGGGCGUUUUUGGGUUACGUGGAUAAAGCUGCUUCAGACAAAAAGAUUGUCAGGGACGUGUUCAAUUAUGGAGACUCAGCAUUUAUUUCAGGGGACAUCUUAACGGCUGACGAGUUUGGCUACCUGUACUUCAUGGACCGAACGGGUGACACGUUCAGGUGGCGAGGAGAAAACGUAUCUACUACUGAAGUGGAGUCUGCAAUCUCCAGGGUCACUAACCAGAGGGAUGCAGUCGUUUAUGGUGUUGAGAUACCCAACACCGAUGGCCGCGCAGGCAUGUGCGGCAUUGUAGACCCUCAGGGAACACUCGACUUGGACAAGUUAGCGAAAGACAUUGCGAAAGACUUACCCAAGUACGCGAGGCCCAUAUUCAUUAGGAUCAUGACUAGCGUCGACAUGACAGGAACCUUCAAAAUGAGGAAAGUCGAUUUGCAGAAGGAAGGUUACGACCCCUCGGUAGUCAAAGAUAAGCUAUUUUAUUUAGACCCAAAGACAGGAAAGUAUACGCCUCUAGGAAAUGAAGAAUACGAAAAAAUUAUAUCGGGACAAAUUAGACUGUGAUUUUAAUUUAUUAUUAAUUUACUUAAAGAUAUUAUUGUGCCUUUAUUAUGUGAUAGAAACUGUUAAGUGCAAGUACUUGUGAGAAUUAAACAACUAAGUAAUCGAGGUAGGUUAAAAUCAUGUUAGGAUUUUUCGUUAAUUAAUGACUCGAUGCCAGUGUUUACUGUUUACUAUAUUAUCUUCCUUUUUAAAACAUUGUUACAAAAAACUAUAAACCAAAGUGAAUAGUUAAAGGGAAUAGCGCAGCUAUACCUAUCUAUAUACGAGUGUAAUAUACUUACAACUAUUUAUAGGUAGGUACUUAUAGGAGUUGAAAAUUACGUUUAGUAGUAGUUAAACAUUCCUCACCACAUAUCACUAGAUAGUCAGUGUGUUGUAUUAUUAUAUGAUUCAAACUGUAUGUCCUAGUUAGGUUGUUGAGGGUUUGGUAAUCCUGUAACAUAAGCUCAAUUUGUAUGCCUUAUAAUGACAACAAAGGUAUUGUAAGUAAGUUAAAUUAUAUAGUUACGUAAGAAGUAAUUUCUGUUAAUUAAGAAUACUGAGUUAAUACAAUCAAUAUAACUAGUAGAUCUAGGUAUUGUUUCUAUUUACUAGCUGGAUUAUGUACACAAUUUUUUGUACUUAGUGUGUAAGAAACUAUGCUUGUAUAUUUAUGGACAAAAGGUGUAUGAGUAAUAAAUGAUUUAUAAAUUAUUAAUAA